ACUAUGAAGGCCCACCAAGCCCAUAUUCAUCAAAAACCAAAACGACACUGAAAUUCACCGUUUGAGUUAAUCUCACCAUCUUCAGUUUUUCCUGCAUUUCUUUGUACAACACUUGAGAGAGUGUUAAGCUCUUUCUGUCUGAGUCAAACCUCACAGAGACGCAAAAAUGCUUCAACCUCAACGUUCACUUCGUCCUUACAUUUCAAUUUCAUCUUCUUCUUCCCCAAACCCUAACCCUAACCCUAGAGAUACCAUUUCUCGAUUCCAAUCAAAUCCCACCACCAUCACCAACAAUGAUCAAUUCAAUCCACCUUCAUCAUCAUCUUCUUCAUCAUUCUCAUCUUCAUCUUCUAGAUCUCUCAAAAACCCUACAAAUUUCACUCACAAUUAUCUCAUCGCAAUUUCCCUUAUCCCUUCCGCUUUAUUCCUCCUUGACCUCGGUGGCUCCACCGUCUCCGCCACACUCAUCGUUGGUCUCAUGAUCUCAUACAUUCUCGAUUCUCUCAAUUUCAAACCCGCUUCAUUCUUCUCCGUUUGGUUUUCCUUAAUCUUCGCUCAAUUUUCCUUCUUCCUCACCGCUUCACCUUCUCUUUACUCCACUUUCAACAAUUCCAUAACCCUAACUAUCCUCGCUUCGUUCCUUUGUGCUCACACUACUUUCCUUAUCGGAAUUUGGUCUUCUCUUCAAUUCAAAUUCCUUCUCCUCGAAAACCCGAGCAUUGUCGCUGCACUCGAAAGGCUGCUUUUCGCUUGUCUUCCGAUCACUGCCUCGUCGAUUUUUACAUGGGCUGCUGUUUCUGCUGUUGGGAUUAAUAACUCUGCUUAUUAUCUAAUGGCGUUUAGUUGUUUUUUCUAUUGGCUUUACUCUAUUCCGAGGCUUUCGUCUUUUAAGAUUAAUCAUCAUGCUAGGUUUCAUGGUGGUCAAGCUCCUAAAGAUAGUUUUGUUCUUGGUCCUCUUGAGAGUUGUAUUCAUACACUCUAUUUACUUUUUGUACCUCUUUGUUUUCAUUUAGCUUCACAUUAUUCACUUGUUUUAUCUUCGUAUGCCAAUUUCUGUGAUCUUGUUUUGCUUUUCUUUAUACCCUUUUUGUUUCAGCUUUAUGCUUCUACUAGAGGUGCUCUUUGGUGGGUUUCUGAUAAUGCUGCUCAUAUUCAAAGUAUUAGGGUUGUUAAUGGUUUUGUUGCUUUGGUUUUUGUUGUCAUUGCAUUGGAGAUUCGGGUUGUUUUUCAUUCGUUUGGGAGGUAUAUUCAGGUUCCUCCGCCUCUUAAUUAUGUUCUUGUUACUAUUACUAUGCUUGGUGGAGCUGCUGCCGGUGGUGCUUAUUCUAUGGGUAUGGUUUCUGAUGCCCUUAGCUCGGUUGCUUUCACUACUUCUGCCAUUGUGGUCAGUGCUGCUGGAGCUGUUGUUGUGGGAUACCCUGUACUGUUCCUGCCUCUGCCUGCAGCUGCUGGCUUUUAUUUGGCUCGAUUUUUUGAAAAGAAAAGUCUAGCUUCAUACUUUGCUUUUGUUGUCCUUGGGAGCUUGAUGGUUACAUGGUUUGUGCUGCACAAUUUCUGGGAUUUAAAUAUUUGGUUGGCAGGCAUGUCCCUUAAAUCUUUUUGUAAGCUAAUUGUUGCAAAUGCUGUCCUGGCUAUGGCUAUUCCUGGUUUAACUCUUUUGCCUUCAAAGAUAAACUUUUUAUCUGAGAUCAGUUUGAUAAGCCAUGCAUUGCUCUUAUGCUACAUCGAAAGCCGAUUUUUCAGUUACUCCAGCAUUUACUAUUAUGGAUUUGAGGACGAGGUGAUGUAUCCUAGUUACAUGGUUGUGAUGACAACUUUAUUGGGUUUGGCUUUGGUGAGAAGGCUAUCUGUGGAUCAUCGAAUUGGAGGAAAAGCAGUUUGGAUUUUGACUUGCCUAUUUUCUUCAAAGCUUAGCAUGCUGUUUAUUGCAUCUAAGUCUGUUGUAUGGGUUUCAGCUAUACUCUUGUUGGCUGUUUCCCCUCCAUUACUUCUUUACAGGGAUAAAUCAAAAACAGCCUCUAAGAUGAAACCAUGGCAAGGUUAUGCACAUGCCUGUGUAGUAGCCUUAUCUGUAUGGUUUUGCCGUGAAACAAUUUUUGAAGCCCUCCAGUGGUGGAACGGAAGGUCUCCUUCAGAUGGUUUAAUUUUGGGCUUCUGUAUACUGUUGAUCGGAAUGGCUUGUAUUCCAAUUGUUGCCAUUCAUUUCUCUCAUGUUUUGUCUGUCAAGAGAUGUCUGGUGCUGAUAGCGGCAACUGGUCUACUUUUAAUUUUGAUGCAGCCACCUCUUCCUUUGUCACUGAGUUACCAGUCGGACCUUAUCAAAACUGCCCGUCAUACUGCUGAUGAUAUCUCAAUUUAUGGCUUUAUAGCUGGGAAGCCUACCUGGCCGUCUUGGUUACUUAUUAUUGCUAUUUUGCUAACUCUAGCAUCCAUUACAUCUAUAAUACCCAUUAAAUACAUUGUUGAACUAAGGACAGUUUACUCCAUUGCUAUGGGUGUUGCCCUUGGUAUCUACAUUUCUGCUGAAUACUUUGUCUGGGCAGUGGUUCUGGAUGUUCUCAUUGUUGUUACUAUGGUUUGUGCCUCUGUUUUCGUUGUCUUCACUCAUAUGCCCUCUGCUUCAAGCACAAAGCUUUUACCCUGGGUAUUUGCUUUACUUGUAGCUCUCUUUCCAGUUACAUAUCUUUUGGAGGGUCAACUGAGAAUUAAAAAUAUUCUUGAAGAUAGUGAGAUAGGAAAUUUGGGUGAGGAGGAGAAGAAGCUUACAACAUUGCUAGCUAUCGAGGGUGCGAGGACCUCUCUUCUUGGUUUGUAUGCAGCAAUCUUCAUGCUUAUAGCCUUGGAAAUAAAAUAUAAACUUACUUCAAUUAUGCGGGAAAAAGUCCUUGAGUCAAGUGGAAAUAGACAUAGUCAUUCUGGUCAAAGUGUAUCUGCAAGUUCUCUGCCAAGAGCGAGAUUUAUGCAGCACCGUCGGUCUUCUACCGUUCCCUCCUUUACAAUUAAAAGAAUGGCUGCUGAUGGAGCCUGGAUGCCUUCUGUUGGCAAUGUUGCCACAAUAUUGUGCUUUGCUAUAUGCUUGGUCUUGAAUGUUUACCUUACCGGUGGCUCAAACCGCUCUAUAUUUUUCUUGGCUCCUAUCCUUCUGUUACUUAACCAGGAUUCAGAUUUUAUUGCUGGUUUUGGAGACAAACACAGAUACUUUCCUGUGACUGUUGUUAUCUCAGUCUACUUUGCUAUAACUGCCUUGUAUAGCAUAUGGGAAGAUGUUUGGCAAGGUAAUGGUGGAUGGGGUCUUCAAAUAGGUGGGCCAGACUGGAUUUUUAUGGUGAAGAAUUUAGCACUCCUUGUUCUUACUUUCCCCAGUCAUAUAAUUUUCAACAGGUAUGUAUGGAGCCAUACGAAACAGAGUGAUUCACCACCAUGGAUAACAUUGCCCCUUAAUCUGCUUCCUAUUGUAUGUACAGAUGUUCUCAAGAUUAAGAUCUUGGGUAUCUUAGGAGUUAUAUAUUCACUGGCCCAGUAUUUAAUUACUAGGCAACAAUAUAUAUCUGGUCUUAAGUACAUCUAAAACCACCCAUGUACUCUUUUGUACUAUAUGUUGUCAAAUUUAGAUAUAUUGAUGCUUCUGCUGCUGCUUGUCUUAUUGAAAUUUGUAUGAGGAAUAUGGCCAUAUGCAUUUUUGUUAUUGCUAGCUAAGUAGUCAAAGUCAGUUUUAAGUAUUUUUCGAUUAA